AUGGAGGCACUGUUGGCAAAAUACGGAGUCCACCACCGUAUAGCUAUGGCUUACCAUCCCCAAACGAAUGGUCAAGCCGAGGUCUCGAAUAGGGAAAUCAAUACUAUUCUGGAGAAAAUAGUUUAUCCCAACCAAAAGGAUUGGAGCCUUCGGCUAAAUGAUGCACUUUGGGCCUGUGAGAUUGCGUAUAAGACACCGAUUAGCAUGAUCUCGUAUCGAAUUGUUUUUGGUAAAGCUUGCCACCUUCCGGUCAAAUUGGAACAUAAAGCCUAUUGGGCCGUUCGACAAUGUAACAUGGAGUUAGAACCCGCAGGAAAGGCAAGGAAAUUAGACAUCCAAGAGUUAGAAGAAAUUCGCAAUGAUUCCUACGAGAAUGCUCGCAUUUAUAAAGACAAGACAAAGUUGUUUCACGAUAAGAGAAUAGCUCAGAAGCAUUUAUUGGUAGGACAAAAAGUUUUACUUUAUAACUCCGUGUUAAAGUUAUUCCCAGGAUGGAUGUUUACACUUAGAGAUCAAGUUACUGUUUAUGGGUAUCUGGUGAGUCCCUCAGCUCUUACAGUCACGGGUAAGCUGAGAUUGGAUUACGCUAGGAGGGACGAUGCCAGGGCUGCGCCAGAGAGAAUGCGGGAUGGGAUAUUAUGCAAACAGAGUGAGUGA